UGUUCAGGUGACAGCUGUUGAUCAAUCGUAUCACCUCGUCUUUGACUCUUGUAGAUGAUGUGAAUCAGACUCAAAACUCAAGUAGGCUAGAUGAAUCAGUUACGAUACCCCAAUAAACUGAGCUACUAGCUACAAAAAAUUGGAUAAAAUAAUUAAUGGUCUACUAAAACAUCUAGCUUUCCUUCAAUACUAUCCACGUGAAUCAGUUUCCAUGCGUGGCAAUCUUCUAUUUUCAUUCAUGGUUUUGAUGACACUUGCACCGGCCAUGAGAAUGUAUGGAAACUUUCAAACAUGGAAUUUCAACUAUCGAGUAUCUGUUCUAGACAAUUUUAUAUUCUCAAUAGGUGUUCUUUUUGCAUCAAUAGACGUAUUUUUAAUGUCAGAGAGAUUUGAAAGUGUUGUAAAUCUGACCAAAUCGAAAUUUAAAUUGGAAACAAUUGAUUUGGACUCAGAUUUUCUACAAGACAAAAUAAAUCUUGUUAAGAAUAUUACAGAGGAUGUUUCUAAAAAUACUCUUUACCUCAUUUAUGUCAUGCUAUUCUUUUUCACAAGUUUUUCGUUAAUACCAUUAUCCGGUUUCAUUUUUUAUCUUCUUCAGUUAAAAUCAGCGGAAAAUCUUUCUCGGCCUUUCUCUUUGCAUUCAUAUUUCAAUGUUCCUUCUUUUAUCCCCGAAUUUGUUGAAAAUCUUGUUUUAACUUCAAUAGAACUAUUCGGCAUUUACUAUACUAUGGCGGUAACGACUAAUAUACAUGCAUUACAAUCACUCUCGAUAAAUAUUUUAAUUGGUGAUAUGAAAUUGUUUCAACUGAAUGUUGAGGAGGUCGAUGAGUGUUUUGAGCAAAUUUUGAAGUCGGAAAAAUAUGAAGAUGCUCCAGCUUUAGCAAGGAAAACAAUGGAAAAUAAGCUGCGUUUAGCGACCAGGAAUCUUGUUAUACAUCAUAUAAAAAUAUUUAGGAAAGUGGAACAAUUGAAUUACGGAUCGAAUUUCCGAAUAUUCUAUGUAAACUGUUACAUGUGCUUACAGAUUGUGUUUGGAAUAUCUAUAUUUUUGAAAGGUGAAUUAAUCAACAAAAUAAAAUACGGCUUUAUGACAAUUACAAUUGUAAUUGUGGAAUAUUUUUUCAGUCAGAAUGGACAAUUAUUACAGAAUGAGGGAGAACAGCUAAAAAUGGCUUUAUAUGACAGUAGAUGGAUCGGAAAACCAAGGUGGUUCAUCAGAGCGCUACAAAUCCUCAUGCUAAGGAGCAACAAAUUACCAAAAGUCGGCCUUCUAAACAUAUUUACACUCAACAGAAACAACAUGACUGAGGAAAGUGCUCUAGCUGAAUCAGUGACACCAAAUGGACGAUCCUUGUUGUACAGUCUACUGUUUGUGUGAACGUACUCAUCAUAAUUAUAAUGAUAUUUGCAUGUGGGUUGGGAGAAGACACAUCUAUGGUCCAUCUACCGUGACCGCUAUAUAGCAUAACUGUCACCUAUUUACAACCUCAUUCAUCUUUUGUUAUUUGUUCAUUGAUGAGAGGCACGUCAACAUCUCUACUACCGAGUCACACGUAAAAAGUUUUCAACAAUAGACUUUACCAUGACUCAUGACAAAGUUUUAAUGGCAUCAGCUCUACUAAUAUUGUGCCUAUCAUUACUGACUAAGGAUGUGAAAGCACAAGAAUCUGGCUCGAAUCACAUAAGGUCAAGAAUGAGAGAACGCAGAUUUUUGCCUUUCUUCACUGUGGUGCAAUUCCCGAACCAGGACUGCAAGGCGCUGACUGGGGACAAUGGUACCUGCAUGUCUCAGUACGAAUGCAAGGCCAGUGGAGGCAUUCCAAGUGGAAUUUGCGCCAAUAAUUUCGGUGUUUGCUGUUUGUUUAUGGUGACUUGCGGAGAAACUUCAAACCGCAACGGUUCAUAUUUUGUGAAUAAAAAUUAUCCAGCACCCAAUGAUGAGACUGGAUCAUGCCAGAUUACGCUCAGAAAGGCUCAUCCAGAUGUAUGCCAAUACAGGAUAGAUUUCAUUCAAUUCUCGUUGAGUGGACCUGAGCAAGUGAAUCACCUGUGCAACAGUGACCAGUUCCUGGUUUCUGGUAGCAGUCCAGUGCCUCCUAUAUGUGGAAAAAACACAGGAAGUCACAUUUACGUAGAUGCCGGUGACUUGGGAUUGCCAGUAAUGUUGACAAUCAUCACUAGUGGAGCCUCGUUUUCUAGGAACUGGAAAAUGCGAAUCAGUCAAAUUCCUUGCAAUUCAAACAUGAAAGCUGAAGACGGAUGUUUGCAGUAUUACAGUGGCGUUUCGGGCCAAAUCAAGUCGUUCAACUACGAGCCCAACUCUGGCCUGCAGUUGUCCAACCAGGACUACACCAUGUGCAUUCGCUCUGAGAGAAAUUUCUGCAGCAUCCAGUACAGUGCUUGUCCUGAUCUAGUGAACAACCGCAGCCACGCUUUCACAUUGACGUCGAACACGUUGGGCCAAAACUCGGUACCCAGCAAUGUGGGAAGCAGCUGCAACUCAGACUUCCUCAUCAUCCCGUGUGUGACGUCGAGUCAGUCGCGCAGCUGCGUCGACCGCAUCUGUGGAGGCACCAUGUCUGUCGAUUCCACUACCAACGAAGCUGUUCUCACAAGUAACGUGAAACCAUUCCGCAUAUCAUUCCAUUCAAACAAUGUUGAAGCACCUAACGAUAUGGGAAACAGAGGCUUUUGCAUUGAAUAUGUUCAACAGCCUUGCACUAAUAAUUUGGUACAAUAUAUUAAUGGUAAUAAUUUCUAGUACAAAUAAUCACAUUGAUGAAGCUUAAAAGCUUGUAUUAUUAAUGUUAACUUAAGUUCAUUGUUUUGAAUUGUUGUUACACGUUGUUUGUUAUUUUCAGUAAAAUUUUAAUUCAUAUAUUUCAA